AUGGCUACACCCGCGGGCCACCUGGAUAUCUAUUCCUACUACGAACUCUUGCGACAUGAGGUUCAGCGUCUCCACGACCGCCUGGACCGUAUGGAGCAUGGGAACACUGCAGCCUCUACCCCCCGCGGUCAUGCCUGGCGCCCUGCCUGGGAUGGUGCUCGCUGGCAGUCUGCCCCCACUACUCCAGCCCCUACCCCUGCCGUCAUUGCCGUCGGCCACACCACCAUACCACUUGCCGAGACCCUCCCUACUGCCGCCGGUUCACCUGGCCGCUACUCCUGCACGCUCGUGGUGCCCGACUCUGUUGUUGGGCAUAUCGUUGGUCGAGGCGGCAAGGGCCUUCACCAGGCUCACGACACUUCUGGCGCUCAACUGCGGGUCUACACCGACAAGACUUCUCCCGCCGAACGCCACGUCUCUAUCCGGGGUACCGACCAGCAAGUCGACGGGCCCGCCACGCCCUCUGGGGACCCUGCCCCUCCCCCUCCUGGCCCUGCACCGGCGCCUUCGGACGUAGCGAUGCCCGAGGCCAGCCCGCUCAAGGAGCCCGCACCUGCGGCACGACGCUCCAAGACUCGGCAGCAGGAUCCACCCGUCCCGGCUGCCUCCGGCCCCCCGCAGCCACGUGAGGCACCUCUGCCCACAGCUCCGGCUCCGCAGCACCGGGCACGGGCUCGAUUCGCACCACAGGACUCUUCCCUUCCUGCCCCGGCUCCCCUACCCCAUGAGCGUGCGACUACCCCCUAUGCCCCUAUGCGCGCCAUGGCAACCGCUAUCCCUACCCCCCAGCCCAACUCUACUCCAUUCGUCCCCUCGGUGGCCAUGCCCACUGCAACCUCUACCCCUCAGUCCUUCACCCCUGCCGGAUCGCCCAUGGCCAUCGACUCGGUGAGGACCAGGGUGCCUCGGAGGCAGACGGCACGGCGAGGGCGUGGUGUUCUUGGAUCGGUCGCCCGUACUGACUCCCGCGGUAAUCUAUUGUUUCCAGGCGAUCCCGGCUACGACCGGGCAUAA